GCCGGCACACACCAAACAUUCAGCCGUUCACCGUGUGAGGAAGCCAUCAGAGUGGAGCAGGCUGGAUCCCUGGUACUCCUACACCCACUGGUUCCCCAUGGCCUCAGCCCAUGUGAUGAAGGAGCCUCUGGAACCCGUGCCCAAGAUGCAGCCUGCCAUGAUGAUGUUCUCCAGCAAGUACUGGAGCAAGCGUGGGCUCUCCCUGGACUCGGCCAUGUUUGACCACCAGCAGCAGCGGCACACCGGAGGCCGCAUGUCUCGCCGCACAUCAUUUGGCCCCAUCAAUGAGAACCCGGACAAAGACGGAGGCGAGGAGGCCGGCAGGACAGCCGUGGUUUUCUCAUUGAAGAAUGAGGUGGGCUGUCUGGUCAAAGCCCUCAGACUCUUCCAGGAGAGGCGGAUAAACCUGAAUCACAUCGAGUCUCGGCCGUCGAAGCGCGUCACUAAUGAGGUGGAGAUCUACGCUGACUGCAACUGUAGCAAGAAGGAGUUCAACGAGCUCCUGCAGCAUCUCAAAGAUCACGUCAACAUCAUCUCCUUCAACACACCUGCAAAUGUUUGGUCUGCAGAGACAGAUGAAGAUGAUGUUCCAUGGUUCCCGAUGAAAAUCUCAGAGUUGGACGAGUGUUCUCACAGAGUGCUGAUGUACGGAUCAGAGCUGGACGCCGACCAUCCUGGCUUUAAGGAUAAUGUUUAUCGCCAGCGGAGGAAGUUCUUUGUGGAAGUGGCCAUGAAUUAUAAAUUCGGGCAGCCCAUCCCUCGGAUCGAGUACACUCCAGAGGAGAUCCAGACUUGGGGUGUGGUCUACAGGGAGCUCACCAAGCUGUACCCAACCCACGCCUGCCGGGAACACCUCAAAAACCUGCCGCUGCUCAUCAAGCACUGUGGCUACAGAGAGGACAACAUUCCCCAGCUGGAGGACGUUUCUCUGUUUCUACGAGAGCGGUCUGGUUUCUCUGUUCGCCCUGUGGCCGGAUAUCUUUCUCCCAGAGAUUUCUUGGCCGGUCUGGCCUACAGAGUGUUUAACUGCACUCAGUAUGUCCGUCACUCCACCGACCCACUGUACACACCUGAGCCCGACACGUGCCAUGAGCUGCUGGGCCACGUGCCACUGCUUGCUGAUCCCAAGUUUGCCCAGUUUUCUCAAGAAAUUGGCCUGGCGUCUCUUGGAGCCUCUGAUGAGGAUGUUCAGAAACUGGCCACAUGUUACUUCUUCACCAUUGAGUUUGGCCUGUGCAAACAGGACGGUCAGCUUCGAGCUUAUGGAGCUGGUCUGCUGUCCUCUAUUGGAGAACUGAGGCAUGCCCUGUCUGAUAAGGCCUGUGUGAAGAUGUUUGAUCCACGGACAACCUGCACCCAGGAGUGUCUCAUCACCACCUUCCAGGAAGUUUACUUUGUCUCAGACAGCUUUGAGGAGGCCAAGGAGAAGAUGAGGGAGUUUGCCAAGACGAUCAAGAGGCCAUUUUCCGUAUAUUACAACCCAUAUACUCAGAGUGUCGACCUGCUCAAAGACACCAGGAGCAUCGAAGACGUGGUCCAGGACAUCCGCAACGACCUCACCACCGUGUGCGACGCCCUAGGAAAGAUGAACACCUACUUGGGCAUAUGAAACAUGUUUCAUCUGAGCUCUGAUACAGGUUUCAAACAUCAGUAGUGCUUCUGUGGAACCUUUUCACUUGUGUUCAUCUCCGUUUCUGAGCUACCUAUAUUGUGCACACACAAGAGGAAAAACACCUGCAAGUAUUUAAAUACAGAAAGACUUAA